AUGAGAAGUGCAAAUGACAAGUCAGUUGUUGAACCAAGUUUUAUGCUCAAAAUUCGAGUACAAGGCUUGGUGGGAGUAGUGACACUUACUCUAUUUGACCAUGAUGUUAGAAGUAUUCUAAACAUUUCUGCAUCAGAUUUGAUAGAAAAGUAUGAAAAGCUGGGUAAGAGUGUUGGUUUUCCUAUUGAGAUUAAUGAACUUAUUGGUAGAAAAAUGGCUUUCAAAAUUAUAGUUAAAGGCUUUACCUCUGGAAGAAAAUACAUCCGUAGUUACAACAUAUCAAAGAUAAGUGAUAACGUUGACGUAAUUUAUGCGCUCGAGAAGCUUCAAAAAGCAAACCACAUUGAACAGGACACUGAAAUUGAGUUUGUUAAUGUCGUGGUAUGA